AUGGACCCCUACUCAGCCGAGGGCGAGCUCAUCAACAUCCACAACCACUUCCACCAGGGACAGUACCAGCAAGUCGUCGACUUCGACACGUCGUCCUUCUCGCCCGACAACGCCCUGCCCGCGCGCGUUCUGCAGCUGCGGGCGCGCAUCGCCCUCGGCCAGGCCGACGACGUCCUCGCACAGGUCCGCGGCAACUCAGAGCCUGAGCUGGCCGCCAUUGCGGCCCUGGCUGAGCAGUCCCUGGGCAAGACCGACUCGGCCCUGCAGGCCAUCGAGACGCUCGCUGCAUCCGCGGCAGACAACGUCACCGUCCAGGUUGUGGGCGCCAUCGUGCUGCAGGCCGCUGGAAAGUCGGAGGAGGCUCUGGCGCUGCUGUCGCAGCAUCAGGCUAGUCUCGAGGCCGUCGCUCUGAUCGUGCAGAUUCAGCUGCAACAGAACCGAACCGACCUCGCUAUCAAGGAAGUCUCGGCCGCGCGGAGAUGGGCACAGGACAGCCUCCUGGUCAACCUGGCCGAGUCGUGGGUCGGCCUGAGAGUGGGCGGUGAAAAGUACCAGCAGGCAUUCUACGUGUACGAAGAGCUCGCGCAGGCUCCCUCGACGACAUCGAUACGGACCCUCGUUUCGCAGGCAGUCUGCGAGCUGCACCUGGGCCGCCUGGAAGAGGCGCAGGCUGCCCUGGAACAGGCGCUGAAGAAGGAGCCGGAAUACGUCGAGGCCAUUGCCAAUAUGCUCGUCCUCAACGUCAUAAACGGAAGCGACGAUUCCGAGCUUACCGCAUCACUCAGAAAGUCCGACCCGAACCACCAAAUGCUCGUUGAUCUGGAGGAGAAGAGCGCACUGUUUGACAAGGUAGCGACCAAGUACAGUGCCAAGGUUGCCUCGUGA